GUCAAAGGCAUGUGCAUGAAGACUGAAGAACAAGACUGUGCUCGUGCAGAAAAAGGACUAAAAGUGGAAAAGUGAGAGAGUGAACUGAUGUCAUGAAGUGAUGGCGUUUGGACUGAAGAGGCUGUGGUGUUAACAGUACUAGGUAAUUUCCUGUGCCUGUGCCGUUCAGCGUUUGAGGUCAAGCGAUUUCCUUUUUGGUAUGUCACUUGAUGUUCCUCAAACUGAAGUGAGAAACUUCACACAGUUCCCUGCAAAGACAUCAUGACAGACAGGUUUAACUGCCAUUUCUCGUGAUGUAGUUCACUCUCAUUACAUGGUGACUAUCAUUUUUGAACAAUGGAGAGAAGAAAGCAGGAGGAGAUCGAGGUCUCCACAUCACCUCAGACAACAGGAACCCUAGCACUGAAGAACUUCACUAUACCCAGAAAGAAACGGACCUCUGGACAAGUUGUAUUGGAAUGGUGUCCAGAAGAGUGUCGAGAUUACACUCUCAUACAGUCAAAACUGAGAGAUUCUAGGUUGGACACGAGAAAAGACCGCACAAACACAUGGAUCUGGAAAGAUGUCCAUUUAGUGCACAAUGACCAGCUUCUUCAAAAGUUUUCAGAAAAGAGGGCAGAGAUGCGUGCCAACGGAAGACACGGGAGAGAAAUGGAGGAAAGAUUCUGUUUUUUGGUUGCAUCAGAUCAAGACAUGCCUCACAUGUAUCAGGAUGGUCUGAAGGUCGGCAGCUCCGCCCAAAACACCCUGGGAAAGCCAGCACAUGGAGUAUAUUUGUUUAGACAUGUUGAUGUUGCAUUGAAGUCAUCAACCAGCACAAGUGCAACACAUCUGUUGAUUUUCAAGGUUCUUUAUGGAAAGGUGAGAAAAAUUGCACCGAACUGGAAGAAAACUCAGGAUCCCAUAGUCAGCUUUGACUGUCACAUGUCGAAAGAUGCCGUGUCCCCUCGAGAUACUCCUAUCCAGCAAAACAUCGGCUCUUCUGUUUUUCUGUUUGACUUUGAUGAAAACCAGGAGCUGAACGAAAGACCCCGGCAGUGUUUGCCGUAUGCUGUCGUUUCAUAUGCUCCUGCCACCAGUGUCAUUCUGACCACAUCACCGAACUUACCAUUCUCACCUACAAGUCAUACCGACCGUUUUCAGGCGUGUACUGUGGCUCAGAGAAAAGGAAAAGGAGACACUGCCACAAUCACUUUCAAACACUUCGGCACAACUCAGAAUCCAGGAGUCGACUAUCUAUAUCAGAAGACCGAUGUGCAAAGCAUUCCCAUCAGCCACAACUCAAUACUACAUCACACUACUGUCUCCCAAAACCUGCUGCGAGAGGAAGAAAAUCACAAACUAAACACUGCUGGGAUGCGAGAAACAUGGGACAAAUCGGACACAACACCUCAAAGUCCAAUAGAUCAAGUUUCCACAAUAGUAUAUUCCUCCCGCUCGGUGAGGGAUCCUCGUCUGUCUAGACGAGAAGCAAAUCAACACAGCAAUUUCUCAGAGGCAGAAACCUCACGCACAGCCUCCAGAAACGAAAAUGGCUCUCAAAACGAAGAUGAAAAUUCUGGAUUUGUUACAGCUACAUCAGAGUCCGGUCCAAACGAGCCAUCAAAUAUUGAGUGUUCCCUACAAUGCUCUCUCAACAUAUGUGUGCAUAUGCAAAAACAAAAAGCAGAAACACUGCCUUCAAUAAAGCUUUUUAAAAUGAAGUUCCAGAAAUAUGCUAAAUAUUUCAGGCUGAAUGAGGAGGAGAGGCAAAACAAAAUCUGGUCACUAGAAAACAUGUCACCAGAGCAAAAGCAAACAUUAUUAGACCGUAUACAAUUCUACGAGGUUUAUUAUCAGAAGUACAAGAAAGGGCUGCUUUAUCAAAAUGCCAAUGGGGCAGAGACAGAGGAGACCUCCAGUUUAUCUCUGAAACAACCCCAAGAAAAUCACAUUAUGCUGUCACAGUCUGAUGUGAGUCAGACAAUAAAUAAAAAAGGUAAUAAUUCAUCCGAAACAACAUGUUUUGUUGACAGCAGAAACAGUGACAACACAUACAUAAAUCGGAGCAAACAUCAACAUGAUUCAGAACAUUGUGCCGGGAUGUUACCCGAGAACAGGCAGGAUCAGGAGUAUGUGCAACAUCUUAAUGGUUGUCUGGUUUCAAACCCAUUUUUGGAAGUAGGAUCCUUGAAUCUCAAUCUCAUGAAUGAAAAAAAAUUUCUCAAGGAACAAGCACCUUCAAGUUGUUCUUUUAGAGAGAAGGAUAAUCAAAACAUAAAACACCGAAGUGAACCCUCCAAAGGUACAGGAGAGCACUCUGGAAAUGAAUCUGGUCCGGUUGAAUUGGUUGAAAGCCCGGAUCAUGAAUCAGUCAAUAUGUUUGCAGACAACAUCACAGCCAUGGAUAUUGCAAACUUUGUUGAAGUCUCUAGCUGUGGGAUGUCAGAAAAAGGGAAACCCAUCUCUGCAAUGGCAGAGAGGCGAAAACAGGAUGGACAAAAUUACAGAAGCUUUUUUUCCCCAGACUCAAUAUCACCAGAACUUAAUAUGGCAACAUUACAAGAAAACAGCAGUACUCACAUUGGACUGUACCAAAGACUUCAACUUGAUGAACUGUUUCCAAGCCAAAAUGGCGAGCAGAUUUUCUCUUCCAGAGCUUACCUUACACCUAGAGUUACACCUACAUGCACCAAAGAUCCUCAUCUCAUAGUUACGUUAAAAGCCAACAAUACACCUGCCCAUACAGCAGGAAGAAUUGCUCUCUCCGAACGCUUUUCAAAACUCGGAAGCUGUCAAAAAAAAACAUCUGCCCUGGUAAAGGAAUAUAACAAAACAGUGUCCUGUAAUGUUAAACUGAUAAAACUACUAGAAAAGAGGUACAAUACGACUAAAUUACAUGCUAAAUGCAGGAGCUUGAAUAAACCUCAGACCUCAACUCUCGCUCUAGGUCGCUCUCUAAGGACAAAAUAUGUCAAGAAGAGGCAUUUUUGGAAAGCAAAAACAUCUAUUUGCACAAAUAUGGUGUCAACUGAGAGUGCCCAUGAAGCAGCACAUAGGACGACAACAUCAGACAAAACAUCACAUACCUCUAAGCUAGAUCUCCCAGAAAGUACUGAUGAGGAACCAGACACCAAUUUGAGUAAAAUGUCCCACACAUCUGAUGCUGCCUGUGACGAACAACAGUUACACAUCCAGGUUAGUCAGAAGGCUAGUGCAAUUACAAGUCUAUUGCAAGACGUUUGUAGUCCAAUCAAUGACCUCAUACCAUCGCCUGGAUUUAAGACCAGUUCUGAGACCAAAGAGGAAGAAACAAAACCUGUAGAACCACUUCUGUUAGAUUCAUUCUGUACUAACACGGACAAGCCAACAGAUGAUAUAACUGUAAACACAAUUCCAGUAAUAGUGAACGAAGUCGAGCAGGUUAAAGACAAUGCAAAUGAAAAUAAGACCUCUUUAAUCAAACAUGAUAGCAAGGAAGACAUAAGCCAAGACUAUGAGAGUACAUUUACAAGGGAAAAAAGUGUGUUACAGGAAGUGACAUCACACAUGACAUCAGCUCCGUUAUGUAGACCGGAACUCGAUUCAGAGAAAUUGUCAGAAGAUGUGAAAACUUCUGAGAGCCUGAGUUCAUUCAGUCAGCCGAUGACACUCUUAAAUCCAGAAUCCAAAGUGAUGUGUGAUAGUGAAGUGGAAUAUGUAGAAACUAGUGAAAUAAAUAUCCCAAAUAACAAUGAGUCUUGUACCGACUCGAGUGGUGGUUGGGCUAUUGAUACAGAGACGAUCAGUCAAGUGGAAGUGUUGAUGGAAGAGGGUACAUCAGAUUUACAGCCCUGCACUAAACGGGCUUGGAAAUGUACUUCAAAUAACGUUGCAGAUCCUACUGAUGAAAAUUCUUCUUCGAGUGGCCAAUGUGAGAUGGCUUCAGAACACCAAAACAGCAUCAACACAAGUUUGCCUGAUGUUAAAGUUUCAGAUACCAAACAUGCAAGCGCCGCCAUGAUAAAAGAAAACUGUAAUUUUUCCAGACCAGAACAAAACCAAAACUAUGACGUUGACUCUCCAGAAACACAGCUCAUUUCGAAGUUGAGAGAUUAUUUGACCAAAUUUGAGUCCAGCGUCAAGAAACAAGAAGCAACGAAUGAAGGUCUGAGGGAGAAACCAUUGGUGUGGAUAACUCUUGACAGCACAGCUCAUAAACAGCAGUUAGCUGAUAAAGGCCAAUACAGGAGUAGGCCUGACGAUGAAGCUCAAACCGGGCCUGAUGUGUUUUUACUAGUGCCUGCUGAAUCCAAGAGAGGCAGAUCUUCUCAAGCCAAACGAACCAGUAAGCAUAAAUCCAAGAGAGCAAGGUGGAGCUUGUGUCCUAGUGUGAGUCCUGACAGCACCAGCGCUCUCGACACGCUCAAAGAAACAAGUUCUCAACCCUCGGUGAACAACGGGACAGCAGCUCCCACAGAAGUCUCCCUCAGUAAUGAAGCCAAACCACAAUUGAUGCAAAGUAAAGAAUCUACAAGUUCCAUCAUCUGCUCCCAAGACCCAGUGGACACCUGUGGGAACAGCGAAUGCAAGCCGCAUGCAAAUCGAGAAAUGGUUGAUGACGGCGAUGUCAGCAGCUCAUUUGUCUCCAGUGAUUUGAGUAUCAGCGACGUUUUGAAAACUCUUAAAAUGGCAGAUCAAACAAGCUCCUUAGCUGAACUGGGAUCUCUGCGAGCUAAAUGCAAGAACAUGCUGCAGCAGUUCAUCUUAAGAUUCGAACGAGAUCAGAUCGUUUCAUUCAAUCGAUCUUUUGUUUCAAGGAAUCUCAUCAUAGAGCAAUAUUUAGACCAUCCGCCCGCACAUGUAGAUCUUAAGUACGAAGCGGUCAAUUCUUACCUGGAGUUGCAGAUGAUGAUGGAAGCAUGGCAGUUUGUAGAAAAUAAAAUGAACUUUCUGAAAAACAAGCCUACAUUUCGGAGUUUGCUUUGGUACGAUCCUUCUCUUUACGGUGAACUCUAUAAGGGGGAGGUUGGGUUUCAGCAGCAGUCGUCAUUGUUUACCUCUUUCCAGAAGAUGUUGGCACAGGAGGGCUACACUAAACUGCAGGAGUACUACAUGACACAUGUUUCCAGAAUAUACCAGCAGUUACUCGUAAACCCUGAUGCAUCCUACUACAUGUAUCUGAAAAGCAAGCGUGAGGUGUUCGAGAUAGAAGCUGCUCUCAGGAAUCCACACGAUGUCAAAUACUUUUUUUUGUCCGUACCGUUGACUGCAAUGAUCAAUUUCGGAGACAGUUUGGAAAGUUUAGAAAAUGUGCACAAAGUUAUAAUGUCUUUUGUUGAAACACCAUCAGAUCAGUUGCCAGGGACAUUUGAUGUGGGGAAAGCAGAGCAUCUGUCCAUCACGUGCAGAUACCUGCAAGAAAAGGCCUUUUUUAUAAGGUCCUGCAAAGAAACCCUAACCAAAGUGUCAUGGUUUGGGAUUGAGCACCUUCUUUAUGACGCCUCUAAGAUCCUCAUAUGGCAAGACGCGGGUCAAGGGGUGUCGAAUGAAGUCCUCAAAAUGUAUAAGAAUUCAAAUCCUCAAAUAAUAUUUGGGGUGACCGAGUCUGGUGUCACUCUUGUGAAUAAAGUGCAGCAACCCCAUCUAUCUGUGGACGGAGCAGAGAAGUCAGCGGAAAAACAAACCGAUGCUUCCCAGAAACACAAACCCUCUCAAUCCAUCAUUCCACAGACUGUUAAUUCUGGAACGGAGGCAGAUUAUUCAGUGUGUAAAAGAAGGGAAACUCAUCCAGGCAUAACACCACGUACCAUAAAUGAUAAUUGUGCCAACCCACUGUACCAAGCUCCAUCAGCCCACGCUGGAAACUCAACCCGGUUCCCCACUCCUCUUCAAAACAACACUUCAGUGCAUUGGGGAAUGAUGAACAGAAGUGUGUUACACACCUGGAACGCACCUUCAACAUCUCACGUACAAUCUGAAAUCAAGUCUUUUCUCACUAGAAGACGAGGAAGUUCAUCACACGCUGACCAGAGAACCACUUUAUCAGACGUACGGAGAGUUCCUGCGGUCAGGGAGCAGAAGUGGCCUUUAAUGUCGGCUCCCCAAACAACUUCACAAGCACAUUCGUUUGUUUCACGCCCCCGAUUCCAGAGUGUUAAACAUCAACAAACUAGCACUGCAUCUCAUUGUCCUGUGCCCUCAAAAGAGCAAGCAAACCGCUUCUCUUUAGCCAUGGCACAGCCGUUUAGUUUACCAAACUUCUGUCCGAAUGCAAAUUUCGUGUCACCUCAUUCUCUCUCACGUGUCCCUGUACCCAACACGCUUCCAGCAAUUAGCUACCCCUACUUUCUUCUGAACGGACAAACAUACACCACUGACUCCACUGUAGCCCCUCAUCCUUAUACUAGAUACUAUCCUAACACCGUUUAGAACUACCAGCUAUGACAUUAAGAUGUACUUUUGUAAAUUAAUUUUAUUUAUUGCUAAAUUAUUAAAACAUGAUGACAGAUUUCAUGUCCUGGGCUUAGCUAACUAUAAUCCUGUUGAAACAAAUGUACUGUAUAUUUUAAAUAUAUUUUUUCAUUUCAUUUAUAUUACAAUGUUUUCUUGUUUUUUACUAAAAAAGUAUGUACUGUUGCUCAACUGGAAUAUAAAUAAAGAGAUAAUUAUACA